GUUGAAUUUAUUAUGACCUGAAAUUACCGCGCUCCGAUAACUAAUUUCACUUUUACGCACUGAGCACACAAUACUUCGAAGACAAAUUAAGAAAAAUGAAGGUUCUCGUGACAGGUGGCUCUGGAUUCAUUGCAUCUCAUUGUGUUAAGACCCUACUUGCUAGCAACCAUACUGUAGUCACAACAGUGCGGAGUGCCGAAAAGGGUGAAAUAAUUCUUUCGAGUUAUCCGGAAUCCUCCAAGGGCCAGCUUUCCUACGUGGUUGUCCCUGAUAUUGCCCAGGAAGGCGCAUUUGACAAAGUUGUCGUCUCGGACCCCCCGUUUGAUGCAGUUCUCCACACUGCAAGCCCCUUUCAUUUCCAAUUCCAGGACCCCAAGGAGCUGCUUGACCCUGCUAUCCAUGGAACAAAGGGGAUUCUUCGCGCAAUCAGGGAUAAAGCGCCUUCAGUGAGCCGAGUGGUCAUUACAUCGUCCUUUGCUGCUCUCGUUAACCCAGACGGACACCCCGAUGUGUAUAGCGAGAACCAAUGGAACCCAGUGACCUACAAGGAAGGAAUUGAGGAUCGUGCCAAGACCUAUCGUGCGAGCAAAACGCUCGCUGAGCGAGCUGCAUGGUCCUUCAUGGAAGAAGAGAAGCCCGGGUUUUCUCUUGCAACUAUUUGCCCCCCGUAUGUCUUCGGACCUCCGAUCCAUGUUCCAGAGUCUCGCGCGGCACUCAACACGUCAAACACUCAUUUCGCGAUGUUGAUGCAUGGAGGAUGGCAGGAAAAGCUGCCUCCGACUGGUGCAUGGCUCUGGGUUGAUGUGAGGGACAUCGCUCUUGCCCACGUCAGAGCUAUGGAGAUGCCCCAAGCAGGUGGAAAGCGCUUCUUUAUUACUGCUGGUCACUUUGAUAUGAAGGAGGUCGCGGAGAUUGCAAAGAAGAAUUUCCCCGAAUAUGCCGACAAGCUUCCGGCUGAGUUGACUUCCGACAAACCCACCCCUCUUUACGGCUUUGACAACAGCCGCUCUACGGAAAUUCUGAAGCUGAAAUAUCAGCCACUAGAGACAUCUGUUGUGGAUACUAUCAAGUUCUUGCGGAGUCAUCACAUUUGAGCAGUUGCCUUGGGAGAUAGUAGCUGUGAAGUAGCCCACGUGUCAAUAGUACUUUUCGUUCACAUUCUAUGGAAACCAAUUUCCAAAUCAGC